AUGGGGGAACCUGAGCUGAUCAAGAGAGCAGAAGAAGGUACACAGUCUAAGGAUGGCGCGGCUGUCAAAGUCACAGGGACCUCACAAUCCCGGCAGACCGUCCACGAGUUCGAGCGACUCUUCGGAGUGGACGAGGACGCUUAUGAUCAGCCGACCACCACCAGGAAAGAACUUUGGUCCUACUAUCUCUACUACAACGGUGAUAAUGGCGUCGGCCCUGGAUCGUAUAGUCAGGCCUUGUUUCAAUGGGCUUUAAAUGGUGCCGGACAUAUCCCCGACACUGAUCCGCCCAAACCGUGCACCGGUUCAUCCGCCUGCGUUGUCCCGUGGGCAGGAGGCACGCGAUCAACCUCCUCGGUCGUGUUGAUCGCCAACGGCCUCUGCUUUGCCUUUAUGACGGUGAUCUUCGUUUGGCUUGGGAGUGCUGCAGACUACGGGUCAUUCGGCCGAUGGCUGCUUCUGGUUCUGACCGUCAUUGCGUGGGUGCUGCAGUAUGGUAUGUUAGCCAUCCGUCACCCAAGCCAGUGGCCCGCUGCUAUGGGCAUGUAUGUGGUCGCGUAUGUCGCUUACGGCGCAACGCUGGUAUUUUAUGCCGCGGUUUUUCCUCGCUUGGCACGUUACAUGCCUCAAGUCCGCAAGGCAAGGGAGGAGCUGGCGGAAGGUAAGAUCGAUCAGGAAGAAUACGAUGCAGUUGAGUCGUUGGAGAGGAAUCACAUCAGCAACGUGUCGACUGCUCAUAGUAACAUUGGAUAUUUGCUCACGCUGGUGCUCAAUCUCAGCGUUCUACUUCCCAUGCAAAAUAACCAAUACUCAAACAAUUUGGCCCUCUGCUUGACUAAUUCAUGUAAGGACCUUGAUACGUUCUCGUUCAUACACACAGCUGACAUGACGCAGAUUGGGUCAUCCUUGGUGUUUGGUGGUUUCUAUUCCAACAGAAGCGGCCAGGCCCCCGGAAUCCCAGAAGGAUCCUCCUACACGACCAUCGGCUUCAAACAAAUCUGGCUCGCCCUACGAGAGAUUCGGUCUCUGCCUCAGACAUUUCUCUACUUCUUCGCAUUCUUCCUCCUUGCUGAUGGACUCAACACAACCGGAACACUUGUCAAUAUCAUUCAAAAUGACCAGGUGUCUUUCUCAUUCUUGCAAAUUACCUACUUGGGGAUAACCCAAGCUGUUUGUUCAAUUUUCUCAACUUUCGGCUUCUGGUACAUCCAGCGCUAUUUUAAGUUCAAGACCAAAACCAUGUUUAUGGUCACCAACUUCUUUAGUGUCUUAAUUCCCUUUUGGGAAAUGCUGGGGCUAUGGGUCACGCGUAUUGGAUAUCACAACACUUGGGAGUUCUAUUUCUACAAUGUCAUAUUUGGCUUGUUCCAAGCCCCUUACUACGCGUACUCGCAAACCAUGAUCAGUGAACUUAUGCCCCGUGGAUAUGACAAUAUGUUCUUUGCACUUUUCGGGAUCACCAACCGCGCUUCCUCCAUCAUUGGGCCAAAUGUUAUCCAAGCCAUCAUCAAUGAUACGCGCAAUAACUGGAUGGGAUUUCCCUUUUUGUUUGCAGUGUGUGCCGGUGCUAUGAUUACGAUUGGCUUUGUGAACGUCGAAAAGGGCCGAGAAGACUGCAGGAAGUUUGCUGAACAGCGGAAAGUUGAUCGAGUAGCUACGGAGACUGGGCUGAAGCCCGAUGAUAUUCUUACGGGCGUAGAUCCUGUGAAUUCUGGCUCUUCAAUUGGAAGACAAGUCUGA